AUGGUGCAUUUUGCUGGUGAGAAUGGAAUCGAUAAUGGAGCGAUUGCAAAGGAAUUCUUCACGUCUGUAGUAAGUGAAAUUGGAAAAAAUAUUUUCCCGAACGGUAGCCCCACAAAAUCGUUGCUUUAUGUGCACAAUGGCACUUUCCAUGCAUGUGGACAAAUCGUUGCAACAAGUAUUGCUCAAGGAGGACCCCCUCCCUGUUUCCUUGAAGAUUCUGUUUAUGACAUGCUUGUUGGCAGUAAUGUUAACAUGAAUGCUCUGAUUCCCGAAAAGCAUUUAACUUGUCACGAACAGGCACUACUUGAAGGGAUAAAAAAUGAUCCAACAUCCUUGCAGGACGUAAUCUUGGAACAUGAAUAUGCGGGAAACAUUGACAAAGAUCAUGUCGAUGAUAUCAUUGGUACCGUGAUGAUCAGCCCUGUAAGUAAAAGAUUAAUUUACCUUAACGAGUUUAGAAGAGGACUGGAUCUUUAUGGUUUACCAGCCUUGAUACAAGCCAACAGUGAUUUGUGCAAGCAUCU